AUGUCUGCCAGCACAACCUCGCCUAUGAUAUCAGCCUCCACUACUGCUUGUCCUAUAGCCGCGUCUACGAGCUAUCCAACAGAACGAAAACCACAAACCGACGAGCCAUAUAUACCCACUCUCUUCUGUCGCGUGCUCUACGACUACCGGACCGCGGACGCCUCGUCCCUCUCGUUCCGCAAGAACGAUAUUGUCCAAGUUCUCACUCAGCUCGAAUCUGGAUGGUGGGAUGGGCUCUUAGGAGGCAAACGCGGCUGGUUUCCUUGUAACUAUGUCACCAUCAUAUCUGACCAGGAGGCAAAAGCCGCUCUUGGCCCGUCGGAGGUGGCACCCUCUCAUCCGAACGAUUCGUUGGUAGUCUCACAGCCGGACCGCAAUGGUGAACGGAUGGGCGGCGAUGUGGACGUUCAGAAUUAUGCGAAUAGUCGUCCUCAUACAGAUGGAAAGUCUGCGUACGACUUCUGGGUGCCCCAAGUCUCCAAAGACGGCCGAAUCUUCUACGUCAACACACAAACUCGCCAGCACUCGAGAGAUCUACCACAGGUGGUGGAAGACGACUGUGAAGCCGAUCGCACUGGGUUCACAUCCCCAAUAUCUGCACUCGCAGCAAUCUCAGCGACUGCCGGAUCUGGCGCCUCGUCCAAGCGUUCGCACGUGCCGGAAGCGUGGGUGCGACGACUGGCUGAUGACGGCCUAUCCUAUUACUACGUCAACAAGCUGAACGGGACGGUUUCAGGGACAUCUCCACCGUCAGACCCCUCCUCGAGAAAUGGGAUUGGCGUACCGCGUCUGCGAUUGGGUUCAGCGACGAGCAACAUUCAUUCUGAUGACUCCGAAUUAUUCCCUACGCGGCGUGAGCGGUCUGGGUCGUCCGCAGACGUCUUUCCUACGGGGGUACCUCGGCGCCAGGCCGAGCUCGCACCCGCAGAACAGCUCGCGCAGGCGCUGCAGCAGACACUGACGGCAUCCACGGAGGACUCGCCUAUGGAAUUGUCAACUCGUGUCCGAGAAGCGAUCGCCAGCGUGACAGAGACUGUGCUACAUGGCGAGGAUGGACUGAGAAGAGCCGCGCAGGGCGCUGAGGUGGACCAGCGGGUGCGGGAGGCCGUUUACGCGGUGCGCGACCUGCUAUACGUGACCGCGACGCCUUCAGGGCACAUCCCAAGUCAUUUGUACCCGCGCGAGAUGCGAAAGGCGCGACAGGGAUCCGCUGAUCGCGCACUGCGGCCGCACUUGAAGGGCAUGCAGCGGAAAGUCGCGGGGACACUCUCAAGGCUGGUUUUGUCGGCGCUGACAAUGCAGUAUGAUCCAGGCCUUUUGAUCGGUGACGAGCAGAACCGGGUGGAAAGCGAUAUCGUGGAGCUCGAACGUGCUAUCGAUACAUAUGUUACGGAGGUACACUGUUUCCAGGGAAAAGGUGUGCAGCCCCAGAGUCCGUCCAGCGCGGGUCUGAAACGGCUCUAUGGAACGUUUUCGGCUACGAACAUGGGCCUUGGACUUCCAGGUGCCGGCUAUACUGGGAGCUGGAAAGAUUUCGGUCAUGUGUCACACAAGGAUCAACCACAGCCGUCCCCUCGCAGCCUCGCCGCUGACCAGAUCUCUGAGCUCAAAGUCAUCGCAGGAGCACUUGUGGAGAGGCUUGGUGCGGUGACUGCGACAUUAAAGCGAUCUGACCUUGACCCAGGUGGGUGGCUCGAUAAUACGAUCUGCCCUGUUCACUGA